AUGCCAGCCACACUUGAGCCAAUCCGACGCGUCAAGUGUACCUACAAAGACUGCGACAUGUCUUUCGAGACGGAGAAGAUCAUGAAGAAUCAUAAGAAGAACACUGAUGAACACGAGUACUGUCACAAGUGUGACGAAGACUUCGACACCUUCGAGGACUACGCCAUGCACAAGAUCACGCGUCCAGAAGAGCACAACCUGGCAUGCCGUGUCUGCGGUGACGAGUUCAAGAGCAAGUCAGGCCUGAAGCGCCACAUCGAGCUCAACCACAGAGUCGACCAGAAGCUCACCUGCAUCGGCUGCCAGAAGUCGUUCUACCGCGCAUGCCUCUUCAUCGAGCAUCUUGAGUUCGGCCACUGCGACGUCAUUCCAGCACAGCAGUUCCAAGGCCAUAUCGUCCACAAACAUUUGAUUGCGGAUUUGUUGGACGGCGGCGAGCAAUACCUUCGCUUUCUGCAGAAGACAUCCAAGUACGAGGCAGCCAUUGACAAUGAUGAUCCGACUGGAGUCGACCUCACUGAUGAUCAUUUCGGCGACGAGCAUGAGAUUGGAGAGGUCAAGUACGAGGCGAUCAAGCCGGAUAAACCCGAACACGAGGAUGUUCCAGUCUUCUACGGCCGGUAUCCUCCUCUUCCCUCUCAGGCCAAGUCCAUUCCGGACGUAGACGCAGCAAUCGCGCCGAUGAUGAACGGCAUCUCUCUCAACGGAGAUGCUGACAAUGACUCCGAUUGUUCAACAGCCGUCGGAUCUCCUGUCGUCACUGGCUAUCCUGCACGUACUAGUUAUCUUCCCGGACACUCUCACCAAGGUCAGAGUUGCUCUUCUGCACAUGGCGAGUCCGCGGCUCAGAGCUCAAACACCCAGUCCUCCAGUCGCCAGACCAAGGUCUGGGGCUCUCGCAAGGGCAAGACAACGAGCUCAGUACUAUUCCCCAACGCCAAGCCCAAGGCCCCUCCCAGCGACUUCUCCAUCUCCGCCCACGACGAGAUCAUGGAAAAGGAACACGGUCGCAACAUCUUCAGCUUUCGAUUCUGGGAUCCCAUGAGCGACGACUGGAAUCCCGAGCGCUUCUGGGACCCCAUCGUCAACAAGUACUACUGUCCCUUCAUCUGCGAACAGUCUUUCCCCAUAUCCAGCGACCUCCACACGCACAUCCUCGGCGACCAUCGCAUAACCCGCAUGAAAUGCCCAAAGUGCCUUAAAUACUUCAAGUCCGCCACCGCGCUGAUGGCGCACUGCGAGUCGCGAGGAGCCCGUUGCAACAUCAACCAGACGGACAACUUCAACAACUUCCUCGACCGCAUGUCUGGCGGCUUCCUGGGUGUCAAUGAGAAGAUUCGGCCUGAUCACCUUAAUACGCGUUCUGUUAUGAUACAGAACUCGGAGACGGGCCAUAUGGAGCUGUACAAGCCGCCGGUUGCGAGCUAUCUCCAGUAUGAGGUUACGACGCCCCCGGAUUGGAAGGAUCCUGUUAGGCAGGGUGUGACGAUUGGGGGCAUGAACGGGGGAUCGCGGUGGUGA